CUCCUAGACUAGCUAGACAAAUACAGUUGUUUUGCCAGGCUUUGGGCUUCAAGUCAACUCGGCCCUUAACCCACGAAUACAGAUCAUUUCGGUCGCGGUUCACAGUCACGGUAUGGAACGCCGAUGUACAAGCUAGCUUAUUUAGCAAGUAAAUUUCAGAAUGGCUCAACCCCCAACAAACCCUUAUUACCAAGAACAACAUCCACCUCUGAAUCCGUAUCCCCAGCCACCACCCUACUCAGCCUCACAACCAGAUCCAAGUAAAGGAGCUCACUACCAACUGCCUCCUCCACAUUAUACUCAGCAACCAGUGCAGAAUGUUACCUAUGUCAGAAAAGGCCCUGCUCCUCCAGCUCAGAAGUCAUCUUUAGGUGGUUUGUUUAAAUCUUUGGAGCGUGGAGCAACCAGUGUUAUGAACUCUGCAGAGAAGUCCAUCAAUCGGUCCAUUGAUCAUCACUCUACCAGUCCCACAUUGGCUAAGUUUGCAUCAGGUAAUGUUAUUUCACUGAUCAGUAAGAAUACAAGACAGUACUUGAGGAUAUUACCAAAUGGAGGAAUCGAUGCCUUGGGUCAGCCUAAUGAUCCUGCAUGUCAUUUCACUACCUUCAACCAAGGCCUAAAUGUUGUGGUUCUGAGAAAUAUAGCAAACCCUGCUUUCCAUUUGUCUGUGAUACAGGGAAUGACUGUUGGCUUGGUAGGUACACUUCUAAAGCUCUGUCAAGACUAUCAUAUUAAAUUUGACAAAAACAUGCUAUGGUCAUGAUAACAUCACAUCAUG